GUCCGUGCAGCAUGGCGGCGGCGGGGGCUGAGCAGACACAGCCAGAGCCGGCCGCCGGCGCCGCGCCCGAGGAGUCGUCGGACAGCGAGCCGGAGCAGGAGCCCGGCUCCCUGCAGAAGCUCAUCCGCAAAGUCUCGACGUCCGGGCAGAUCCGCCAGAAGACUGUCAUAAAAGAGGGGAUGCUGAUGAAACAGACCAGCUCCUUCCAGCGCUGGAAGAGACGAUACUUUAAACUGCGAGGACGAACGCUCUACUAUGCAAAAACUGCUAAGUCCAUUAUUUUUGAUGAGGUGGAUCUGACAGAUGCCAGUGUGGCAGAAUCCAGCACAAAGAAUGUCAACAACAGCUUCACGAUUAUCACUCCAUGUCGGAAGCUCAUCCUUUGUGCUGAUAACAGAAAGGAGAUGGAAGAUUGGAUUGCAGCACUGAAGACUGUCCAAAACCGAGAACAUUUUGAGUCUACCCAGUACAGCAUGGACCAUUUCUCAGGGAUGCAUAACUGGUACGCCUGCUCCCAUGCCCGGCCAACGUACUGCAACGUGUGUCGGGAGGCCCUGUCCGGGGUCACGUCACACGGGCUGUCCUGUGAAGUGUGCAAGUUUAAAGCCCACAAGCGCUGUGCUGUGCGAGCAACCAACAAUUGCAAGUGGACAACUCUGGCCUCUAUUGGGAAGGAUAUCAUUGAGGAUGAAGAUGGGAUCUCAAUGCCACAUCAGUGGCUGGAAGGAAACCUGCCCGUCAGUGCCAAAUGCACUGUGUGUGAUAAAACCUGUGGCAGUGUCCUGCGUUUGCAAGACUGGCGCUGUCUGUGGUGCAAAGCCAUGGUACACACAGCAUGUAAAGAGUUGUUACCAAACAAGUGCCCUCUUGGGCUCUGCAAAGUGUCUGUCAUUCCUCCUACUGCUCUUAACAGCAUUGAUUCAGAUGGUUUCUGGAAAGCCACUUGUCCCCCUUCUUGCACAAGCCCUUUGUUGGUCUUUGUCAACUCCAAAAGUGGAGACAACCAAGGUGUGAAAUUUCUACGAAGAUUCAAACAGCUGCUGAAUCCAGCCCAGGUCUUUGACCUCAUGAAUGGAGGACCUCACCUUGGUUUACGCUUAUUCCAGAAAUUUGACACUUUCCGGAUUUUAGUUUGUGGUGGGGACGGAAGUGUUGGCUGGGUUCUCUCUGAAAUUGAUAGCCUCAACCUCCACAAGCAGUGUCAGCUGGGAGUGCUGCCCUUGGGAACAGGGAAUGACCUUGCUCGUGUUUUAGGCUGGGGUUCUGCUUGUGAUGAUGAUACCCAGCUCCCUCAGAUCCUGGAGAAGCUGGAGAGGGCCAGCACCAAAAUGCUGGACAGGUGGAGCAUCAUGGUGUAUGAAACCAAACUCCCUCGGCAGGCUUCCACUUCCACAGUCACUGAAGAUUGCAGUGAGAAUUCCGAGGUGCAGAAGAUUCUCUGCUAUGAAGAUUCUGUGGCUGCUCAUUUGUCCAAAAUUUUGACUUCUGACCAACACUCAGUGGUGAUCUCAUCAGCCAAAGUGCUUUGUGAGACAGUGAAGGAUUUUGUGGCUCGAGUAGGGAAAGCCUAUGAGAAGGCAACAGAAAGCUCAGAGGAGUCAGAGGUCAUGGCCAGGAAGUGCUCUGUCCUGAAGGAGAAGCUGGACUCAUUGCUGAAGACACUGAAUGAUGAAUCUCAAGCAUCUUCCUCUCUGCCCAACCCUCCUCCCACCAUUGCAGAGGAGACAGAGGAUGGGGAUGGGUCGGGCAGUGCUGGUGACUCUUCAAGUGAGCUCUCGGUGGGCUCGGCCUGCACUGCACGGCCCCAGAUAUUCCGUCCCCGAGAGCAGCUCAUGCUGAGAGCCAACAGCCUGAAAAAAGCCAUUCGCCAGAUAAUAGAGCAUGCAGAGAAAGCUGUAGAUGAGCAGAAUGCCCAGACCCAGGAGCAAGAGGGCUUCCUCCUUAAUCUCUCAGCCUCUGAGGAGGGCAAGGAGCUGAGGAAUGAGGAUAAGAUCUCCGUGCAGUCAUCACACAGCAGCAGCUAUGGAGUGUCCAAGGGGAGGAGCCAGAGGAAAGCCUCCAAGUCUCCUUGUGAAAGACUAAUAAACAAAGGAAGUUUGUCACUGGGCAGCUCUGCAUCUCUUCCUCCCCAGACAGGAAGCCGGGACAACUUGCCAAUGCUGAACACAAAAAUCCUCUACCCAAAUAUCCGUGCUGGCAUGUCAGGUUCUUUGCCUGGGAGCUCCGUCAUCAGCCGAUUGUUGAUCCAUGCUGAUCCCUUUAACUCUGAGCCUGAAAAUCUUGAAUAUUACACUGAGAAGUGUGUCAUGAAUAAUUACUUUGGAAUUGGACUGGAUGCAAAGAUUUCUUUGGACUUCAACAACAAACGUGAUGAGCACCCAGAGAAAUGCAGAAGUCGUACUAAGAACAUGAUGUGGUAUGGAGUAUUGGGGACCAAGGAGCUGCUGCACAGAACAUAUAAAAACCUGGAGCAGAAGGUCUUGCUGGAGUGUGAUGGGAGGCCAAUCCCUCUGCCCAGUCUCCAGGGGAUUGCUGUACUCAACAUUCCCAGCUAUGCAGGAGGCACCAACUUCUGGGGGGGAACCAAGGAGGAUGAUACAUUUACAGCCCCUUCCUUUGAUGACAAGAUUUUGGAGGUGGUGGCCGUGUUUGGGAGCAUGCAGAUGGCAGUGUCACGUGUGAUAAACCUGCAGCAUCACCGGAUUGCACAGUGCCGGACAGUAAAGAUAGCAAUCCUUGGAGAAGAGGGAGUUCCCGUGCAAGUGGAUGGAGAAGCCUGGAUCCAGCCUCCAGGUUACAUUUGGAUUGUUCAUAAGAACAGGGCACAGACCCUCACCCGAGACAGGGCAUUUGAGAGCACCCUGAAGUCUUGGGAGGACAAACAGAAGUGUGAGUUGUCACGACCCUCCUCUUUCUCUCUGCAACCAGAGAUCAUGUCUGAAGAAGAAUCCACCCAGAUCAUCCGGUUUGGUCAAGCUGCAGGUGCUCUGAUCCACAGCAUUCGGGAAAUAGCUCAGUCCUAUCAGGACAUGGAACAGGAGCUUGCCCAUGCUGUCAAUGCCAGCUCCAAGUCUAUGGACAAAGUCUACGCUAAAUCCAAGUCUACAGAGGGUCUGAACUGCAGCCUUGUUGUAGAGAUGGUGAAUAAUGUCAAAGCCCUGCACAAUGAGACAGAGCUGCUGCUGGCAGGCAAGAUGGCACUGCAAUUAGAUCCUCCACAGAAGGAGCAGCUCCAGGCAGCCCUGGCAGACAUGGAUCUCCAGCUGAGGAAACUGGCAGACAUCCCUUGGCUGUGGCAGCUUAUGGAGCCCUGUGAUGAGGAGAACCAGAUGCUGGAUUAUUCUAAACGCAGCCGCAGUGGCAAAUUCCGCCUGGUGACCAAGUUUAAAAAGGAGAAGAACAACAAAAAUAAGGAGACUCUCAGUAGCAUGGGAUUGCCGGUUCACCUCUGGGGGACGGAGGAGGUUGCGGCGUGGCUUGAGCACCUCAGUCUUUGUGAGUAUAAGGAUAUCUUCAUCCGCCAUGACGUCCGGGGCUCUGAGCUCCUGCACCUUGAACGGAGGGACCUCAAGGACCUGGGAGUGACCAAAGUGGGUCACAUGAAGAGGAUACUGCACGGGAUCAAGGAGCUGAGCCGGAGUACUCCUGCCAGCGAGGCUUAGCCUCUGUUUUCACAGCCUGUGUCUACCAUUCUCACUAACUGCACAGCAGUCACCUCACAAAGCAGAUGUGCUCACAACUAUCUCUGCUGAACAGCCAGAUUUUAGCUGUUCAGAGCUCAUAUCAACCAAGCAUGGUGCUACUUUUUUCCUGUGGGGUUAUGGCUGCAUCCAUUGGAGAGGCACUUCCUCUGUGGUUGGCAGAGCCUCCUGGAGAGAACUCACUCACUGUUUGAAGAGCCAUGUCCUGUGUCGUGGGAAGUUCUGGUUCCAGGGACAGUGCAGCACUCCUGAGAACUGCAACACAGAUACCUUUACUGGAUAACUUCAUCACAGUAGAAUCAUUCAGGGCAAAAGAUGUAUCGGCCAGUCUUAAUUCAGGAGCACCUGACAGUCUUUUCAGAUCCAAAACUUUCCUGCUCAUCUCUGUGUCACACCUGUAUUUAGCAUAUUUAAGUGGGACAAAGCCUCUCCUUUCAUCUUACUAUUCCCUUUUUAAUGCAUCUGUAGUUGUGUGUAAUUUGCAUCUGAAAUUCUAAGCCAGUGCAGACCUCUUCCAGUGAAUAUCAAGUGAUUCUCAUUCACUCAUGCUUUUGCAACAAACAGUGCAUGUGCUUCAGACAGGAUUUGCACCAGCUGGCAGGGCCUUCUGCUGGGCCUGCUCUCCUCUACCAGCCAGGGGCAAUGGGACAACCUUUAGGUUUUCACCAAAACUGUGCUGCUGAGUAAUCACAGACAAUUGUUCAGAAAUUUGUGGCAGUAAGAAAAGAAAAUUCCAGAGAGCAGAAUAGUUACAGGAGAUCAGUUCUGACAUUCCUUCUUCUGAUUUCAUCUUUGGGAGACCAGGUAAAAAGGAGAGUAGAGCUAAUGAGCUGUUUGUGCUGCACAAGAAGGGAGGUUUAGGACAGCUUGCUUAAUCCUGAGGGAUGGAGCAGCAUGACUGGCAAUGGCCAGGUGUAGCUUCCUGCCUGUUCAGUACCACUUCUGUGGCCACAGACAUGAGAGCUGCUUCUUUACUUCAGCUUGCAGUGUAGAAAACUAUUUCUGUCACAAAAGAUGUAAUUUAAGUCUAAUACUUGUAUCUUUUCACCUGUCUAGGUCUCAGUAGCUUUUCCACCUUGCUUCUGUUUCUUGCUGCCUUGCUCUUUCACUCCAGGGUGAUACAAAAGAUUAGAGUAGCUCAAUUCCCCUGGGCUGUACCCCUAAAAGAUUCCAUAUGCUGUCAAACAUUGGGGCUUCUGUAAGAGCACUAAGAGGAGGAGGAUUAUUACCAAGCAAAUGAGCAUUAUAAUGAAAACUGGAACAUGUAGAUAAAUUGCCUUUGGUACCAGCAACAGUGGAGCAUGGAAAAAUUAGUGCCUCUGAAUCAGUUUCUAGAUGGCUGACCUCAGUUGGGUGGCUGUUAAAGCCCAAGACCAGCAUGCAUAGUUACAUCACCAUCUUUAUCACUGCAUAGGGAGUUUGGCAACAGUCAGUGCUGUGAAAUUGAGAGACAGCAGAAAUUUUUAAUUACUCAGUCAUUUUCUGUGUAUUUUUUUUAUUAUUACAGAGUGGCAUU